AUGUUCGCAAGAUUUGGCUUGCCGUCGCAAUUGGUCACGGAUAAUGGACCGCCUUUUAUGUCCAUAGAUUUUAAAAAUUAUUGUAAAAAAAAUUGUAUUAGGCAUGUGUCAUCGGCUCCCUACAGACCUCAGGCAAAUGGUGCGGCGGAAAAUGCGGUGAAAACCAUUAAAAAAGUUAUAAAACGGGCGGUUUUUGAAGGAGAAGAUAUAUUACAGGCAAUAAACAGAUUUUUAUUUCAAUACCGCAACUGCGAACAUGCCACAACCGCGGUGUCACCUGCAGUGGCAUUGUUAGGUCGCCGUCUACGCAGUCGCCUGGAUGCUUUACGUCCCAACACGGCUGAGGUGGUGCGAAGGGCUCAAUAUCAGCAGGUUGCCAAUUCCGGGGGUUCGGACCGGAAUAUAGCUAUAGGAGACCGGGUGUUGACUAGAAAUUAUACACCAAAAGGGGGCAAGUGGCGUGAAGGAAAGAUAGUAAAAAAAACGGGACCCGUUUCUUAUAGGGUCAGCAUGGGGGAUGGAAUCGAGUGGAAAAGACAUAUCGACCAAGUGAUACCAACCAAUCGUAAAAGUCGUUAUUCCCUUUCGAGGCCUAGCAUUAGCGAAUUAAAAGAGACCGAGGAGACCCCACACCUGAGGCCUGAUAGUGGCACCGAUGACUUAUUUGAAGAUGCAACCGGAGAGGGCAAUGACCAGGACGAAAAAGGCAGUUCGAAUAUUACAGAUAAUGCAGAGAGAAACUCCUCGUCACCGCCUUCACCGAGUGUAUCGGCUAGAGCACUGCGUGCUUAUAUUCGAGCCAAGAAAAAGGAAUUGUAA